CAUUCGAAAUGUGCUCGUGUGGCUUCGAAACAAGAGAGAUCUGGAAAAAAAAAAAAAAAAAUGGCUCCACUCUCUAAUUUAUCCUUGAUUCUUCUAAUCUUGUUCAGUUUUCAUAGCCAACUACUGCAGGUUCAUGCAUUCACAACACGAUCUGAUCAGGACUUUAGUUACUUGAAAUCUGUACGCAACGCAACCAAUAUGGCAUCGGAGGAAAAGUACGACUACAUAGUGAUCGGAGGGGGCACAGCAGGGUGUCCGCUAGCCGCAACUCUAUCAGAAAAGCACUCGGUACUCGUCCUCGAAAGAGGCGGCACCCCGGGGACGUACCCAAAUGUGUUGAACGUUGCAGGGUAUUUCGCCAAUCUCAUGCAAGAAGACGACGGCCAAACACCUGCGCAGAGAUUCACGUCCCAAGACGGCGUUCCAAACGUUAGAGGAAGAGUUCUCGGAGGCUCUAGCAUGAUAAAUGCGGGCCUUUAUUCACGAGCUGACGACGAAUUUCUUUCGAAUUCGGGUGUGGAAUGGGACAUGGAUUCGGUCGAGAAGGCGUAUCAGUGGGUUGAAGAGAGCGUGGUGUUCCGUCCGAAUUUGGCAGUUUGGCAAUCUGCUGUGAAGGAAGCUCUGUUGGAAGCUGGCGUUGGCCCUGACAAUGGCCUUAGCGUAGAUCAUGAAGUCGGAACAAAAAUUGCGGGUUCGACUUUCGAUGGAGUUGGGAAGAGAUAUGGAGCUGUGGAGCUGCUUAAUAAAGGAGAUCUGGUGAACUUGCGAGUUGCCGUUCAUGCUACUGUGGAAACAAUCAUCUUUUCGGAAGAAGGAUCAAAACCUUCUGCGGUCGGAGUUAUAUACACAGAUUCAAACGGGAAGUCUCACAAAGCACUUAUACGCAAGAGAGGAGAGAUUAUUCUUAGUGCCGGUGCAAUUGGAAGCCCCCAACUUCUGCUACUUAGCGGAGUCGGCUCAGAUACAUACCUCUCAUCACAAAAUAUUUCAGUAAUCCACUCCCAACCAAACGUGGGAAAAUUCAUGGCUGACAAUCCUCGAAACAACAUUAAUCUCGUGAUCCCAUUCCCGUUCGAUUCAUCUUCCGCACAAGUUGUAGGAAUCACAAGUGAUUAUUAUAUAGAAGCAUUCUCUCUUAGCUUGUCAUUCUUUCCGAUUCCCUUACCCUUCAGCCUUUAUCCCAGCUCAGUUUCCACAGAAUUGAGCCUAGCGAGCAUUGUCGAGAAAAUAGCCGGACCCUUAUCCCACGGUUCUCUUCAACUGGCUUCUCCAAAUGACGUAAAAGUCGCCCCACAUGUCGGAUUCAACUACUUUGCCGAUCCCGUCGACCUUUCUCGAUGCGUUAGUGGCGUGAGAAAGAUUGGCGAUUUGCUGAACACAAACUCCAUGGAUCCAUUUAAGUACGAGGCUUUGAAUGGUGAAAGGGGUUUCAUGUUCUUGGGGCCUGCUUUACCAUCGAACAAUUCGGAUGAUUCCGCAAUGGAGGACUAUUGUCGAAGCACGGUCACGUCCUUUUGGCAUUACCAUGGCGGGUGUCUCGUGGGGAAGGUGGUUGAUGGUGAUUUUCGCGUAAUGGGGGUUAAUUCACUUCGUGUUGUGGAUGGGUCAACUUUCAGCCUCUCGCCGGGAACCAAUCCUCAGGCCACUCUAAUGAUGUUAGGCCGGUAUAUGGGGCUUAAGAUGCUGAGAGAACGAAGACAACCAAUAUCUUAGAGAUCACAAGAUUUAAAAUUCUCGCAUUGUCUAGGCCGUUCUGGAAUUCCUUAUUGUCAAAGUUACAAGAAUCUUUUUGUUUUUUUUUUAAUUUUUAAAUUAAGCAUACCAUUAUAUAUGUUCAACAGGACA